UUUGCCACAGCAGAGCACUCCCCCUUUAAGGCUACAGGACAGCCAAAAGACAUUUGAGUGCGUAUAGAGGAAGCAGCCGCACAUCAAGCAGUCGUUUGGCUACCGCUAUUGGAUACUCUUCUAUUCUUCUCUUAGAUUUAAGCAGGUGAACAGCAAAAAUGGCAUCCGGUGUUCGGGUUGAUGACUGCAUUAACCUUCAAUUUCAAGAGAUGAAACUAAGGAAGUCUAAUAAGAAGGCUAUUUUCUUUUGUUUCACUGAAGAUGAGAGAUUCAUUACUUUGGACAAGGAAAAAGAAAUCCUUGUGGACCAGAAGGGUGAUUUUUUCCAAAAUCUAAAAGCACUCUUCCCCGAGAAAAAAUGCUGUUACGCCUUGGUGGACGUUAGUUUUUCUACAGUAGAAUCAGCAAAGGAGGAACUCCUGUUCAUAAUGUGGACUCCUGACUGCGCAUCUAUCAAACAAAAAAUGCUUUAUGCAAGUUCUAAGUCAUCUCUAAAGCAAUCCUUACCAGGUGUCACAAAGCAAUGGGAAAUUCAGUCCCGCGAAGAUCUAACUCUCCAACAGAUGGCCCAGAAACUUUCAACUCGCAAAAUAAAUUGCCUGGAAGGACAUACUAUAUAGAUACCAAGUGCCACUAAUGUCUUGCAAACAGCCUGAAUUUAUUUAACAUUGCUAAAGCAGUGCACAUGGCAAAAUUACUUAAUCAUUUACUUUCAUUUUUACAAAAUCCAAUAGAAUGUUUUUUAAAGAAGAAUCUACGGUAGCUUUCUUAUUAACCUAUACAUACAACUGUAGUUCAGUGACAUAUUAUCAACAUUUUUUUUUUUUUUUUUUAUUUUCAAAACUGUAAAACUCUGUAAUGAUACAGUAUUUUCAUUGAGAAGAUAUCAUCCCAAUUUGACUCUAAGUCAGCGCUUCCUGAUAAGUUUCAGACCAUAGAACCAGAGCAACUUUGAGGCUGACUUCUUGCAGCUAAAGACAUUUUUUGUGGUUUUCUAUGGGGAAUGCCACACGGGCUACAAAGUACUGUGCAGUCUGUCCCUAUAGGAAACAACUGAAUCUGUUUUUUCUCAUGCCUUAAAUCACAGUUCAUUUAGGUUGCACUUGGCAUUAUUGUUUUAAUAAGAGAAUCUACAUUCUGUUAAUAAAGGUGAGGUGAUGUGCAUUUUCAAAACUGCCAACUGGCCUAUUUUUCCUAGGGAAUAAUUUUAAAAUUGGAUUGGGGUUACAAGAGCUAAGCUGAUGGAGUGGGGAUGGACUGACCAUUGCUGAACUGGCCAAAAACGUUUCAUUUGGGAAUAUAGGCAAUAGAAAUCCUUCACAUGAACAAUAUAUUUUUUAUAAUAUAUUCUAGAAACUAGAGUCUAGUCACUUGGACUUCCUGUUGAGUAAAAAUAGAAUGAUUUCCAAAAAAACCUGGCAGUGUAAUAUUAUUGCAAAACAAAGUAUAUGCUAGAUAGCAUGCUUAUUGUUCCUGGAGGAAAAUAAAGGCUUCACACAAAUGGCA